UAUCAGAUUUUGACUGAUAACAGUAACAUAUAAAUUACCAAGCUGCUCAAAGCUUGGCAAAAUCGAGUCAAAAUGAAACUUCUCACAACUAUCCUUCUUUUGCUCCCUUUCGCCCUCACAGGCCCUGUUGAGCCGGUCAGACGAUACGUAGUCGAGGAAAAUAACCCGGAGUUCAAACGAUACAUUUACGUUGAAAAUAAGAAUGGCCAGUUUGAAGAAAUCGACUUGCUGGCCGUUGAUCCUGAAGAAGUCCAAUUCAAAGUGGUCCAAUCGGACGUCGAGUAUGACCUAUACACGCGAAAAAGCCAAGACUACCCUGACGUAGUCACAAACGGAAAUGUGGACCAACUUGCGAAGUCCCAUUUCGACCCCAAAAAGAUCACCGUUUUCGUGGCCCACGGCUGGAACAACAAUCGCAAUUCCGCGGUCAACACCCACAUCCGACAGACAAUUUUCACCCAUCACGACGUCAAUUUAUUCAUAGUUGACUGGAGCGGCCCCGCGAACAAAUUCUACCUCACUGCCAAAAACUCCGUAGUUCCGGUUGGCGAAUACGUCGGUGAUUUCAUCACAAAAAUCCAAAACGCGUACGGCUUGGACGGCUCCAAAUUCGUCCUGAUUGGGCACAGUCUUGGGGCACACGUGGUUGGCAGUGCGGGGGCCACGGCCCAGGGAAAACUCGCCCAUAUCAUAGGACUUGACCCCGCGGGACCCCUCUUCUCGCUCAAACACCCCGAAAAUCGCUUGGACAUCUCGGACGGAGAGUUCGUCCAAAUUAUCCACACCAAUGGCAAUUUGCUCGGUUUUGCCAGCUCGAUCGGGGAUGUUGAUUAUUUCCCCAACGGGGGCAUGUCCCAGCCUGGGUGUGGGUGGGAUCUGGCCGGCACUUGUGCCCACAGCAAGGCCUAUUUGUACUUGGCCGAGGCUUUGAGCCGAGGCCCGGUUUUCCAAGGAGUCCUUUGCUCGGGUUAUAAGGACUUCCAAAAGGGACGAUGCGCCGAUAAUCCCAAGGCUGUCAUGGGACAACUUAGUAUCCCAACAAGCAAUCUCGGCGAUUACUAUUUGGACACCAACUCAGACCAACCCUUCGGACGACAUUAAUUUAGCUAAUGCUACACUUUAUAUUGUUGUAUUUGUUCAAAAAUACAUUAUUUCUAAGUAAA